AUGCCUGCUUCGAUCGAGGUGGCAGGGCCACAAAGCAUCGAUAUUAUGAUGCCAAAGAAACGCCAGCAAGGCUUCGAGCCCGGCACCAUCAGCUCUGGAAGCGGUGUCGGUUUCAACACGAACACUGUUUCGACAAUGAGCUCGCAAAAUACUCAGUCAUCGAUUACCGCCAAUGUGAGCAACUUUUUUGGCCCCUUCAGUACCAACGGCCUUCCUAGUAGCUUCAUCGACACCGACAUACUUCUUAACGAUGACCUCUGGAAUCAGUUUUCACCAGCUACCACCAACAACUCUUCAACGGGCACAGACACAACAGGACAACAGCAUCAUCAGUCAGCACUCGACGUCAAAGCAGAUGUCGAAGGAGCCACUGACCGAGCCUUUGGAGAGUCGUACGUCAACAUCCCUCAUAACAGCUCGCUCGACAUGUUUGCUCUGCAAUCACGCACACUUGGCACUGUGAGACCCGCACAUGACGCUCUGAGUCGUCUCAGCAAGGAUGCAUCCUCCAUCGAUGACGGCGAUUCUCCCGACGGUUCUAACGGUGAGACUACCUCGACCAUUGCUACUAGCGUCAUCUCGCCCAGCUCCAUGGGCACCACCGUCGGAAGCCUUCCAAAGGGUACAGCCACUCGACAUCAUCGUUCCACCAGCAACGCCUCUUCCACCCAUCGAUCCAAGAGCGCACGCAGCUUGAGUCGAAGCCGCACACGCGUUGCUGCUGGUGCUUCAGAUCGACGCACCGCCGAUCGUUCACCCUCGCUCGAGAGAGGAGGGGUCGGAAAGGCGCCAUCGUCAAGAGCUCGAGCCGGUCGAAGAGCGACCGUUGGCCCCGCUGCCCUUGCUAAUAACUUCCAGCCCAACGCAAGCCCGCACCCAACAGCUUCAACUCGCCCGUCCUCGUCCAUGGUCUUUCGUGGCUCAAAUGCGGGGCUUUCCUCUAGCUUUCAGCCUCAGACCCAUCGAUGGAGUCUCUUUGGAACCCCAGAUGCAGCCAAUGGUAGCAAUAUGCAUCUCAAUUUCAAUGGUCCAGCAUCUUGGAAAGUGCCCGGACAGCCAGGAACCACUUCAGCCUCUUCAUCCUUGCCUACGCCGCUCAAUUUCCACAAUUGCAUGGCGCACCUCAACCUGCAAACCACUCCCAUGCCGGCAGCGAUGCCCAGCCCUGCCAAUCGGCUGGAAGAGGACGCCAAUGCGAAUCAGCCCUUCAACCCAUUCUUGUUCCCACCGUAUACACAGGACAGAAGCAAUUAUGGCUUGACGUCAGCCAACGAGUCGGUGCAUCAGCCAUUUGCUUCGCAAGCAACCGCUGGUGCAGAGGCACCAGCCCAUUCCAACGAAGCAUACGAGAUCAGCGAAGCGCAAGCAAUUUCAGCCACCAAGCCGCGGCGCCCCAGCAAAAUGGCUUCACAAGCCUCGCGCGAGAAGCUUGCCAAAGACAUUAAGCUGGAGGCAUCCGAGAACGAGCUCAGAAAGGUGAGCUCCGAAGAGCCUCAACACGGCGACGAUGAUGAUGACGACGAUGGCGUUGAUGAUGACGAUGAACAGGUUGCUGUCGCUGGACGUGGUAAAACCGAGGCAGAUGCUAAGAGACUCGCCGAAAAACGUCGCAAGCGUCGUGAGUCUCACAAUGCUGUCGAGCGUCGCAGACGGGACAACAUCAACGGAAAGAUCACUGAGUUGGCCACGUUGCUUCCCGAGGCAAUGUUGCUCGAUGCUAUCGUUACGUCGACGCAAGGCGGCAACAGUGGCACUUUUGCGCCUGCAUUGGCUGCCAAGGCUGCACUGGCAGCCGCUGAGGCAGCCGCAGCCAAAGGUGAGACGAUGCAAGACGGCUCUCAAGGCCACUUGCGUUUGCCGAAAUCGUCGACCGAAGCCUACGCGGCGGCGCUGGCGCCGGUUAAGGCUAACAGUGCAGCUUUGGCAGCAGCACAAGCCAAGCCGAACAAGGGCAUCAUUCUACGUAAGAGUGUCGAAUACAUCAGACACUUGCAGCAGUUCCUUGACUUGCAAAUGGGCCGCAUCGGGUUUCUCGAGGCAGAGCUCGCACGAUCUCACCAAGCGCUAGCUGCGUCUGGCAUGCAGGCGCCUCCGACAACAGAUCCACAGCAGGGCUUGGGUAUGAUGCACGCCUUCUUUGCAGACACUGGUAGUGGGAGCGACGCCAGUGUGUUUGGCGAGCAGCAAGAGCAGCAACAGCAGCAGCAGCAGCAGCAGCGACAUGGACAGCAAUUGCACCAACAGCCACCACAAGACUUUAGCGCCAUGAACUUGCUUAGCCUAGGCAUGCCUAUGGACCAGCAGCCAGACCCUUCGCAGCUGCACCAUUCUCAAUCAAUGUCGAUGCAUCAAGGUGGCCUGUCGGUCCCGCACUCGAACUCAAACUCGCACGAUGCGAUCGGAACUGCACCCGCUCUCUCCGCAUGGCUUGAAGGCUUUGAUCAGCGCACAGGACUGCCACGUCGGUCCUCGGUCGAUCCGAUCAAAGAAGAGCACGAGAGUGGCCAAGAGGACAAAGAGCUUAGCCGGCGUGGUCGAAGUCAAAACUCACGCUCCACGCACGAUGCUCACGACGAGCACUGGCGCGGACGAUCACGAUGCAGGCUCGCUCGCAGUGGUCAAGCUCAGGUGCAGGAAGGCAGCUGGCCCGAACUACACACGUCCGAAGCUCAUUCGCCCAUGCAACUAGUUUCGGGAGAUGACAGCCAAGCUAGAGCGAGCUUCUCCGAUCUGGGAGAUAUGAAACUUGACUUGUAG